CCCGCCCUCGGAAUCUCCCCAGCCCAGCCCAGUCCAGCCCAGUCCAGUCCAGUCCAGUCCAGUCCAGUCCAGUCCAGCCAUGACUGCCGGUUCCCAGGACCCCAAUCUUCUGCCCUGCCUCUUGCAGGCCAUCGAAAGCCUUCGGGCCGACUACCGCAACCUCGCCGAUAAGAUCGACAGCCACUGCAAGGAAUGUUCCCUGCCUGCCCGCGCCCUCUCUCACUCGAGCGAUGGCUUCUACACCAUCUAUUCGAGCAAUGAGGCGAUUGACGCCGACAAAUCCAAAGCGACCGACGAAUCAGUCAAGAAAGGGGUCGCUCUGCCUGCCGACAGACCAGCUCUGGCCAACCCAUCAUUGCUCCUCUACAACCACCGUAUCGUGCUCACCACUUACCCCGGCCAGGUCGGCGUCAAUCCCAUCCCGCUGAUCUGGGGCGCGAGCGAGCCCGAGGUGCGUGGGCCGAUCGUCUGCUCCCGAAUCCCAGAGUCCCUCAAGCUCCGUAAUGCCAUCGGCGCACAUGGCGGUUCGUAUUCGGUCUACCGGGCCCUCGCCAUCGCCAUCCGCGAGCUCGAGCCCCACCACAAGCCCAACCUCCACAACACCUACCCCGUCGUCCAGAUCGGGCCCUUCCCUUCCUGGAACGACCCCAUGAAGAUUGUAUCGCUGGACCCGUGGGGCGCCAUGAUCUCGCAGAUCUUCAAGAAGCACCAUGACGCCGGCGUGGAUGUCCGCCCGACCAUAGCCAUCACCAAGGCACACAUGCGUGUCUCCGAAAUCCAGUAUCUUGUCCAGCAGGGCAGUCUGAAGGUGGACGGAACCGUUGUUCUUGGACUGGACGGUGAUCUUGCCGUCGUCAAGGGCGCCGUGGAGCCUGUCUGGUACCUCCCUGGGAUCGCCGAUCGAUUCAAGGUCGAUGAGACGACGCUCCGGCGCGCUUUGUUCGAAGACACUGGCGGCAUGUACCCAGAGCUGGUCACCCGCCCUGAUCUCAAGGUGUUCCUGCCACCCAUCGGCAAUCUCUCGAUCUACAUCUUUGGCAACCCGGACUUCCUGGCCGAUCCCUCGCGAAAGCUCACGCUCCGUGUGCAUGACGAAUGCAACGGCAGCGAUGUCUUUGGCUCGGAUAUCUGCACAUGCCGUCCUUAUCUGAUUUACGGUAUCGAGGAGUGUGUCCGCACGGCCCAGGAGGGCGGCGUCGGCCUGAUUGUGUACUUUCGCAAGGAGGGCCGAGCCCUCGGCGAGGUCACCAAGUACCUGGUCUACAACGCCAGGAAGCGGGCCGAGGGCGGCGACACCGCUGCGGCGUACUUCCAACGCACCGAAAACAUCGCGGGCGUCAAGGACAUGCGAUUCCAGGCGACAAUGCCGGACGUCCUGCACUGGUUGGGCAUCCAGAAGAUCGACAAGAUGAUCAGCAUGAGCAACAUGAAAUACGAUGCGAUCGUCGACUCGGGCAUUCCGAUCCUCGAGCGAGUGCCCAUCCCCGAGGGCAUGCUCCCUCCGGACUCGCAAGUCGAAAUCAACGCCAAGAUCGCCGCUGGCUACUUUUCCAAGACGACGGUCGCGACCGACCUGGAAGACACAAAGGGCCGGAACUGGGAGGACAUCCAGCACUAGUGCUCGCGGCACUGGCACAACUGAGUCAGAACUAUCCAUCACGGGGCACUUGGGGGAAGUGUUCCAUCACAGCGGCAGACCCCAGGC